CAGCUCUUCAACGGCGAGGCUUGCGGGAAAGAUGGAGUGUCCUACGCCUAGUGCUGGGGAGGCUGCGGACCCUGGAGGGGCCGGACCGUGCAACAGCUCCGAGGAGCAGGAGGGUCGGGAACCGGACGGGGUGCGCUUCGACCACGAGAGGGCGCGCCGCCUGUUGGAAGCUGUGUCCGGGGCGCAGCCGGCGGGGAGGGAGGAAGUGGAGCACAUGAUCCAGAAGAACCAGUGUCUCUUCACCAGCACCCAGUGUAAAGUCUGCUGCGCCAUGCUGAUUUCUGAGUCCCAGAAGCUGGCACAUUACCAGAGCAAAAAACAUGCCAACAAAGUGAAGAGAUACCUAGCAAUCCAUGGAGUGGAGACACUAAAGGGGGACGUCAAGAGGCUAGACUCAGAUCAGAAGAGCAGCAAAAGCAAAGACAAGAACCACUGCUGCCCCAUCUGUAACACGACCUUCUCCUCCCCUGUGGUGGCACGGUCACACUACCUGGGGAAGACCCACGCCAAGAACUUAAAGCUGAAGCAGCAGUCCACUAAGGGGGCAGCUCUGUCGAAACACCUUACAAAUCCUUUCCUUGUGGCCUUCACCUUAGCCUUGCACCAGAACAGAGAGAUGCUAGACCCAGACAAGUUCUGCAGCCUCUGCCAUUCAACUUUCAACGACCCUGCCAUGGCUCAACAGCACUAUAUGGGCAAGAGACACAGGAAGCAGGAGACUAAGCUCAAACUCAUGGCACACUACGGGCGGCUGGCGGACCCUGCCGUCUCUGACUUCCCAGCUGGGAAGGGCUACCCCUGCAAGACGUGUAAGAUAGUGCUGAACUCCAUAGAACAGUACCAAGCUCACGUCAGUGGCUUCAAACACAAGAACCAGUCCCCCAGAACAGUGGUGUCACCCGUGAGCCGGACACCAGUGCAGACGCAGCCCCCUCCGAAGGACUCAAGUGUGGCGGAAGACUAGAGAAGGUGUUUCUGCCUGCCGAGCCUUGCUGGGACAGCCACAGCCCGUUCCCGGUGACUGCGCAGCCCUUGGCUCCCUCGUCCUCCUGUCUAAUAGCAGAAGAAUAUGGAGGCAUGAGGCCAAAUUGGCAGCCUCUGACUGGGC